AUGUACGGCCUGUACCUGGAAGCGGUCAACGACUACAUCAACGAGUCUUACGGCGAAGACGUGUGGAGACUCAUCGAGAACCGAGCCGAAAUUCCGCACCUCAAGUUUGUCAGGCAUCAGAUGUACAACGACAAUCUGAUCCUACGUCUGGCCAAGGCGGCCGGCGAAGUUCUGGGCAAGACGCACGACGAGCUCAUGUACGCCUUUGGCGUCUACAUGGUCAAGAGGAUCGGAAACUACGGCUACGAGCGCAUUCUCAAGGUUUUAGGUCGCAACGUUCGCGAUUUCAUCAACGAGCUUGACAACCUGCACGAGUAUUUCCGCUUUUCCUUCCCGAAAGUGCAACCGCCCAGUUUCUGCGUGGAGGAAGAAUGCGAAACCAGCUUGACGCUUCACUAUCGAAGCACGCGCAAAGGAUUCACGCAGUUUGUCAAAGGCCAGUUGUCCCAAGUGGGUCGGCAGUUUUAUAACACCGACAUUGAAGUGGAGAUUUUAUCUAAAGAGGAGACGGAGAAAAUGACUUAUGUGGUGUAUAAAAUGAACUUUGACAACGCGGCCUUCAAGCACCGCAUGCCGCAGCAAAAGACGGCGCCCAGCUAUGAGAAGCUUCCCAUGAAGCGAGGUAUCUUUUUUGACAUGUUCCCUUUCAGCGUAAUCUUCCGCCGCGACAUGACCAUGUACCGCAUUGGCGACGGCCUGAAAGAGGUCUUCUCUGACCUCCAGGGCAAGAAGGUGAACGAGGAGUUCACCCUAGUCAGGCCCAUGCUGGAGUUCAGCUGGGACAAUAUCUACACGCAUUUGAACAACGUGUUUGAGCUGCUGUCUAAAGCAGUAGUGGAGAGCAAACAAAAAGUCAACAUUCCUAAACUCAACAAGGAGGAACCUGAAGAGAAAGAGGAGAGUGAGAAGGUCAAGAGAGAAGAAGAAAGAGAACAAAAAUCUGAGGAGAUGAAGGGUACGGAUCAGGAGUACAGCAGCAGUGUAGCUCAGUACAACAGUGCGGCCAACUCGGGAGGCGAGGAUAUUGAGUUGCUGGCUUUCCAGACAGUCACAGGCAAAUGCAGCGAAACCAUCUUUGAGGACAUGCGAGAACCCCCCAAAAAGCCUCUCCACCUGAAGGGCCAGAUGAAGUACGUCCCCCAGUGGGACUCGCUUAUUUUCCUGGGGACGCCCAUCAUUGAAACGGUGGAGGACAUGAUCAAGAUGGGCGUCUACGUCAACGACUUGAACUUACACGACUCCAGCAGAGAGCUGAUCCUGGCCGGGACGCAGCAGUCUGCAGAGUUGCAGCUAGCUCUGGAUCAGGAGCAACAAAAGUACGCUCAGCUACAGGAGAUCAUCAAGAAAUUGGACGAAGAGAAGAAACGAGGCGACUCCUUGCUUUACGCCAUGAUCCCCAAAGCCGUAGCGGACCGCCUCCGGAAGGGAAUCACUGCCCUGGAGACCUGCCAAGUCUUCCCCGACGUGACCAUCUUGUUCAGCGACGUGGUCAAGUUCAACGAGAUCUGCAUCCACAUCACGCCCAUGCAGGUGGUGGACAUGCUCAACGAGAUUUACAUCGUCUUUGACACUCUCAGCGAGAAGCACAACGUCUACAAGGUGGAAACCAUUCGUGACGCCUACAUGGUGGUGGCGGGUGUGCCCAAUAAGACUACUUUUCAUGCGCAUCAUAUCUGCGACAUGGCACUGGACAUGCUGAGCUCCAUUGACCACUUGAAGGACCCGUCCACUGGGGAUAACAUCCAGAUCCGAGUGGGUAUCCACUCGGGAAUGGUGGUGGCGGGUGUGGUGGGACUGAAGAUGCCUCGCUAUUGUCUUUUUGGAGAUACCGUCAACACUGCAUCUAGGAUGGAGAGUAAUGGCGUGGGCAUGCAGAUACACAUCAGCCAGACCACCAAAGACCACCUGGAACAUGAGCCGUACAACAUCGAGGAAAGGGGCAAGAUCUUUGUCAAGGGCAAAGGCUACAUGAAGACGUACUGGCUGAAGGGUAAAAAAGAUCUUUCCUUUAAGACGCCGGCAGAGUUGCGUUACAGCGAUGAGCAGACGGAGGAAAAAAGCUCCAACGGUUCUACCAGCCCCAACGCUAAGCAAAUGUCCUCCAACCAGAACGUGGGCGACGGCGAGGAGCAGGCGGAAGGCAACGCUAACCCCGGCGACCUCCCGCCAGACGCGCCGCCACCACCCGAGGCCGCUAGCGAGCCACCUCUGGCGUCUGGCGAGCUCCAGGAUAAAGACAGGUUCAAAAAGAGUAAGAACAACAAGGGCGUCAAACCUGACGCGGCGCCGGGGAACGCCUUGUCGGAGCUGGCACCGCCCAGUGACGGUCUGGAGAUCCCGGGGCCUAUUUUUAACAUGAAGAGGAACAGCUUCAGGCAGCAGUACGUCAAAUUGCCUGCCAACAUGCCCAUAAGGAGCACUUCCUGUACCGUUCUGUGA